AUGAAUAAAAAACUCAGUAUAAAUGGAAAUGAUUUCUUCCUAAUUGAAAGAGGGAACUCACCUUCAUUUCUCACUGAAGAUAAGCUUAAAUGUUCUAUCUGUAUGAGUAUUAUGAAUAGAGAAGAAGGAGAAAGUCAUCAAUGCCAGUCUCCAAUGGCUCAACCACACUUUGCUAAUUUUACUCACUCUGAAAAGAAAGGUAUGUUUAUUUGCAAGACUUGCGGAAAAGAAAUACAUCAGCUUAUGGUCAGACCUCAUGCAAAUAUUCAUAAUUCAAAUAAAUCAAAAGAAUCACCUAUUCCUAAGCACGUUGCUAAAAAAUCUGCAGGAGUCCAAGGAAAAAUUGAACAGGAAGAGUUGUUAAUAAUAAAUUCGAAAAAUCCUCUAGAGCAAAAUAACUUUAAUAGGAUUGUAGUUGAAGAGUCAGCCUUACAGCAGAAUGGCAGACCAGAUCCUGUGAAUUCUUUAAAUAUUCUGCCAAGAAUAAUUGAGGAAUAUCAAAUAGCAAAGAAAAAGCCAAAUAGUGAUGGAAGCUUGGAAGAGCGAGAGCCUAAUGAAAUAAUGAGAGAAAGCAAAGAAAAAGAAGCAAAUAAAUCGCAAGAAAAUGCUAUAAAAAUAAUAAAUGAUCGUGAAAUGCUGCCAGAAAGAUCUUUUAUAAGGGCAGAUAUAAAUUUACCUGAAAACCCUAAACUUCCUUUAAAAAGACAAAGAAAUGCUACAAAAUCUCCUACUCUAAAAAUUAUUAAACAAGCUCGACGAAUACAGAUCAUUCUUGAAAGAUUAGUUACAGUUAAUAAAAGAGUUAUAUCAGCAGAUACUAAAGCAGCAUUCAAGAAAUUAUAUAAAUUGGCUUUUAUUAACUAA